AUGCGUUCACUCCUCAACGCUGGGUCUGAGACUACCGCAGCGCUGCUCGGUGCCAUUACCUUUAUUUUGCUCAAGAACCCCAGAGUCAUGAAGAAACUGAAAUGCAUCAAGUCGGCUAUCUUGAAUACAAUGGCAUUUGAUCGGAUCGAAGGUCGCUUAAUAAUUACCAAUAUCUUUGGAACAGCUCAUGGGCAAUUUGGAAAUAAAAUUGUUCUAUCCGCCACUUACAUGUCGAACCUACGAGAGUUGGUUGACAGGGAUUGA